CAGCUUGCUUCUGUUGCAAUUGCCAAUCAUGUUCUCCCUUCGUUAUGCCGUUCAGGCUCUCCUGCUCUCGGCUUCGGCCGUAGUAGCUAUUCAGCCAUUCGAGCAAUUGAGUGAGGUCCCGAGAGGAUGGUCGCUAGUUGGUGCCGCAAAGGAUGCGACGGCCAUAAAACUCCGAUUGUCAUUAAAACAGCAGAAUGUUGACAAGUUCUACGAGGAGAUGCUUGCUGUCUCGACGCCAGACAAUGCCAAGUAUGGCAAGCAUUACGAGGGUCUCGAGCUAAGAAGCUUGUUAGCUCCUACGGAUGAGACAUCCAAUACUGUUAUCAGUUGGCUAUUGGAUAAUAACAUUACCUCUAUUGCUGAUGACGGCGAUUGGAUCGUGCUCCAGACAAAUGUUGGAGCCGCGAACAAGUUGCUGAACACCGAGUUCCAGUGGUUCAGCAAUGCUGAGGAGAAGACCCCUGUCCUUCGAACCCUCCAAUACUCGGUUCCGGAUGAAAUCGCUUCUCAUAUCAACUUUGUCCAGCCGACAACUCGAUUUGGAGGCAUUCAAAAGUUGAAGUCGACGGUUCAAAUUGUUGAAGAGGGACAAGCUGUGUCUUCCCUGAAGUGGACUCCUUCUGUUUCUUCCAAGGUUGAUCCUGCUUGCAAUGUUUCAAUUACACCAACAUGCCUUCUCCAGCUUUACAAUGUUCACUACAAGGGCGACCCAAAGAGUGGCAGCAGAGUUGGUUACGCUUCUUUCCUGGAAGAAUACGCCAGAUACUCUGACCUAGAGAAGUUCGAAGAUGCAUAUGCCCCGUAUGCUGCUGGACAGAACUUCACCGUCAUUAAGUUUAAUGGUGGCCUCGAUGAUCAAAACAGUACCGAUGACAGCGGAGAGGCCAACCUCGACAACCAGUACGCACUUAGUCUUGGAUUCCCCAACCCCGUCACUGAAUUCAGUGUUGGCGGGCGUGGGCUUCUCAUUCCAGAUGGAGACUCCCCAACCCCGAGCGACAACACCAAUGAGCCGUACCUCGAUUUCUUGCUCGCUUUGUUGAAGUUACCAAACAGCAAGAUUCCUCAAGUCAUCUCUAUCUCAUACGGAGAGAACGAGCAGGAAAUUCCCGUCCCUUACGCCCAGCAAGUCUGCCAACUGUUCGCUCAACUCGGUGCUCGUGGAACCUCAGUCCUAUUUUCUUCUGGUGACUCUGGCACAGGAGACUUUUGCCUCUCUAACGACGGCAAGAACACCACCAAGUUCCAACCUCAGUUUCCAGCCUCCUGCCCGUGGGUCACAUCCGUCGGUGGUACGCGCAAUAUCGAACCCGAGCAGGCCACCUACUUCUCGUCGGGAGGAUUUUCUAACCUCUGGCCUCGCCCGCUCUACCAAGAAGCCGCAGUCCGCGGCUACCUUGCUCAAAUUGGUGACAAGAAUGCUGGUUAUUACAACAAGAAAGGCCGUGGCUUCCCUGAUAUCGCGGCGCAGUCAUACCGCUACCACGUUUAUGACAGCGGGAAAGACGUUCAAUACCAGGGUACAUCAUGCGCGUCUCCCGCAGCAGCUGGUAUUAUCUCGCUCCUCAACUCUGCGCGCUUGUCCUCCAAGCUUCCUCCCCUUGGAUUUUUGAACCCGUGGAUCUACGCCAUUGGACAUAUUGGAUUUAACGAUAUUGUGCACGGUGCAGCGACGGGAUGUAAUGGAUACUCCAGAUUUAACUCCGCGCCAAACGGUAGCCCAGUCAUCCCGGGCGCAAGCUGGAAUGCUACAAAGGGUUGGGAUCCGGCUACUGGUGUUGGAACACCGGAUUUUGGAAAGCUCUUGAAGCUGAGCACGCCGUGGGUGAAGAAUGAGGGAGGGCCGGUGUCUGCUUAAAAUAUGUAACGACUGAAGUGAGAUAUAGCGUGAAAGGCGAAUAUAAUUGCUUCAUACAAGCUCGAGAGGACCAGGCAUCAUAUCUACUCUCCUAUAUACAAAACUUAGCUCACUCUGAAUGAUAGUGCCGAAUAUGGUAGCGGG